CCCUGAUUGGCUGAAAGUUUCAGUCUUGUACUUUGAACAAUGAAACGUUUCGUCAUUAUGACUCUACAGGGAGGACAGCUGUAGAGACUUUCCUCCACGGUCCUGUCAAGAGAAAAGGAACAUGGCUGAGGUUCGUGGUGAUGGUGAAAAGCAGAGCGAUGGCGACACUUUGGAUGCCUUCAAGUUGUUUUCAAAGAGGUCGGAUGGAGCAGCCACAGGCAGCAAUAAGACGUCUGAGGAAGUGGACUCUACCCCCAGCAGUAAGGGCAGUACAGCUGCAGGCUCAGACCCCUACCGCUACAAGAUGGACUAUCCCAGCAUUGGAACCUGUGUGAUCAUCAACAAUAAGAACUUCGACAAAAGCACAAAUAUGAGUCAUCGUAACGGGACAGAUGUCGAUGCUGCCUUUGCUAUGAAGAUCUUCUCUGAGCUGGGUUAUAAACUCAGAGUGGCCAAUGACCAGACUGUGAGGCAGAUGAAAAAUCUUCUGACGAGCGUAUCUGAGGAGGACCACAGUAGUAGUGCAUCGUUUGUGUGUGUGUUGCUGAGUCAUGGAGACGAGGGAGUGAUUUAUGGCACAGACGGCUCUCAGAGGUUGGAGAACCUUACCGGAAACUUUAAAGGGGAUCGCUGCAAAAGUCUGGUUGGCAAACCAAAGCUCUUCUUCAUACAGGCGUGUCGUGGUUCAGCCCUGGAUGAUGGAGCCAUGAUCGAGUCGGACAGUGUAGAUGAUCAAACAUCAGAGAGGAUUCCUGUGGAGGCAGAUUUCCUGUACGCCUAUUCCACUGCUCCAGGUUACUACUCAUGGAGAAACACAUCCAACGGCUCCUGGUUCAUGCAGUCGUUGUGUGAGAUGUUGAUGCAUUACAAGGGAGAGCUGGAGCUGAUGCAGAUCAUGACACGAGUGAACCGCAGGGUGGCGCUAAACUUUGAGUCUUCCUCCAACCUACCUGGAUUUAGCUGCAAGAAGCAGAUCCCCUGUAUUGUCUCGAUGUUGACCAAAGACUUCUACUUUCCUCAAUAGAAUGAAAUAGACUUCUUGUUUAUCCUAUUUCUCUUUCAUCUAUUUUACUUUCAAGGAUAUUUGCACAAAAGAUUUUUGGUGCAGUGUGUGGGCCUGUCCAACAAGAAACACUAGUUUUAGUUUUACUAAUGUCAUUGCAAGCAGAACCCAACUGCACCAACAGCAUGUGGAUAAAAGGUAACAUGAUAGUUUGAUUAUUGUUAAAUUUGGAUCAUUAUUCUUUAGGAAUUUUUUUCCUUUUAUUUUUUGAUGUGCAGUGUGUUUUUUAUGUUGGUAAAAAUAAAGUGUUUCACAUUUAACACAA